AUGUCGGUCAACACAGGCGAAAUGUUCAAGUUCCCAGUACCGUUCGACACCCAGUGCUAUCCAGAACUGGAUGAAGACCCAGAGGUGUCCAAUGGACUACAGGAUAACAAGCAAGAAGGUGACACCGGGUCGUCUCAGGAACAACCAUUCGACAGAAAGAAACUCUGGAAGCGACUUAUCGUCUGCUGUGAUGGUACUGGUCAGUCUUCGACCAGUGGAAUGAGUGCCGUUCCGACAAAUGUCACUCGCCUUGCUCGAGCGAUUGAUACUUCAUUCCAAAUUGGCAAAACCGAAACGGAGUCAGCGUCUGAGAUCCCACAAAUUGUUCUUUACCAAACCGGAAUCGGUACCGAGGAGGUCUCAAUCAUCGGGUCGGGUCUCUCAGGAGCCUUUGGAUACGGCGUCGACAGACAUAUUCUUGAAGCCUAUACCUUCUUUUCGCUCAACUACGAGGAUGGGGACGAGAUGUUUCUAUUUGGCUUCUCUCGUGGCGCUUUUACCGCGCGAGCAAUCGCAUCGCUUAUUUGCAAUGUUGGUUUGCUCACAAAAGACUGCUUGGGUCAACUACCGAUAAUCUAUGCACGAUACAAGCAGCGUGUAGACACAGAAGAGAGUCGCAGGGAACUCGAAGGCUGGGUUAGGAGGCGAGUGAAGAAGCAAGAUGGCAAGGUGGAAAUCGCGGACCCAGCAGUCCCGGAGGAUGAAAAGUUUACAAUCAACGAAGAGGUCGUCAUUUCCGUUAUGGGUCUUUUCGACACUGUAGGAAGUCUUGGUAUCCCCGAUGGGACUAUGAGCAUUCUUCUCAAGCCCUUAAGCUGGCUGGGCCUCAACAACAAGAAGUACCAGUAUCACGAUACCUCGUUCCCUGUCCGUAUCAACCGAACAGACUUUAGGGCUCACAUUGACUCUGUGUAUCAAGUUCUUGCACUUGAUGAGUGCCGUACGCCGUUUACUCCCACCCUUCUCUAUGAUCACGGUACAAUGUCUUCGUCUGGCGAAGUGACCAAAUUCCGUCAAGUCUGGAUGCCCGGAGUUCAUACUGACGUUGGAGGCGGAUAUGAAAGAGCCUUUCGCGACUUAUCCGAUAUUAGCUUCGCGUGGAUGUACGAUCAUCUCAAAGGCCGCCUAAAUUUCCGCCCGGGGAUCGCAAAGGAACUUGAAGAACGUUCUCUGGACCCGGCACGCUCCGAUCCUCGCGCCAAGAAGAAGCCCACCAACCCUCCAGUGGAGUCAAGCCCAUGGGCGCACUCGAAAGAACACGACGAAUACCACACAUUCAAGUUCAAGUUUGGCGGCCAACGCUAUCGCAAUCCUGGUCAAUACUACCUUCAUCACAGCUUCGAAAAGCAAACGAUAUUCAGGACAAGCGAGUUCAUCCACCCGUCGGUCCGCGUGCGUAUGCUCAGGACAGGUUGGAGACCGCCUGCUCUCCACAACUUCGCACUCCAACACGAUGCGGACCGAGACACCUACUAUUGGGCGAGAGAGUGUGAAGUACCUGGAAAGGGGAACGUGCAGCUCAGGAUCGAGGAGUGGCGAAUAAACAUAGUGGACCAAACUCAAGGAGACAUCCAUCAUAAUCAAGUCAAUAUGGAGUCCUACCUGCUUGAUCCAGAGGCAGUGAAAGAUAUUCAGGAUCUCACAUCUCCCGAGAAGAUUGGCAAGGUCACUGGCCAGAAAUCUGGGUGGCUCAAGUGGCUCUUGGCCUUCUGA